AUGCUUUCGAAAAACGUUGGGCUGGUUGGAUUCACGUUGGCUCGAGUGAGUUUGGCCGCUCCGCAAGCUACCAAAUGUGCCUCAUUAUCACUCGACGGCACUCCGCCUGGCACUUCAUUGAUCAACAUCACUUCGACUGAAAGAUACCAUGUGACAGUCGAAAACACAUUGUUCAACAGCACGGGCACCGUCUCAGACAUCAGCUUCUGUGAUGUCCAGCUGUACCUGACGCACGGUGAUGCUGGCGACGAGGUCCGCAUCGCUGUGUGGCUGCCCCUCGAGGGCUGGAACGGCCGCUUCAUGGGCACGGGCGGAGGCGGCUUCAAUGCCGGGCUCUUUGAUCCAGCCCUGGCCGACGGUAUUCAGGGCGGCUUCGCGGCUGCUGCAACCGACGCAGGCGUUGGCCUCGCCAACGACCCAGGGCCAUGGGCCGACUCGAAGCAGCUGGUCACCAACUUUGUGCACCUGAGCGUGCACGAGAUGACGAUUGUGGGCAAGGCGUUAACGGCCAAAUUCUACGACCAGAAGCCGGCUUACAGCUACUGGCACGGCUGCAGCCAAGGCGGGCGUCAGGGCUACGUGGAAGCCGUGCAGUAUCCCAACGACUACGACGGCAUCUCAGCCCAUGCGCCUGCCAUCAAUUGGGAUCGCCUCAUGCCGGGAUUCCUGUGGCCCUAUUUGAAGAAUCUAGAGACUCCUCUCCCCGCCUGCAAGUUUAUUGCCAUGACUGCUGCCUCCAUCUCGGCGUGCGAUCUCUUAGACGGAGGUGCGGAUGGACUCAUUGGUCACCCGCCAGACUGCAAGUUUGAUGCGCAGACACUAGUCGGCACAGAGGUACAAGACUGUGUCAGCGACAAGCGCAUAACCAAAGAGGAAGCCAAAGCCUGGAACAGUAUUCUCCUGGGGCCGCAGACGCCAGACGGCAAGAGAUUCUGGUACGGAAUGGAACCGGGAACGGAUUUGUCCUUUGUUGUUCCAGCACCUUUCCAACCUGCCGAAAGCUGGUUGCAGGACUUCAUCAUGGACGACCCAGAAUUCAACUCUUCCAGCCUUACCUAUAAGACGUACCUGAGCGCGUUUGCCACGUCUGUAGCCAAGUUUGGCAAGACCUGGGGGUCGACCGACGCCGACCUGUCCCCUUUCCAAAGGCGCGGCGGCAAGCUACUCACCUUCCACGGCUGGGCGGACCAGUCCAUUCCUGCCAAAAGCACAAUCGAGUACUGGGAGCGCGUGCGCCAGGCGUUCAGACCAGGGGGCACCUCUGUUCCGCCCGGAGGAAGCAACGUCGACGAUUUCUAUCGCUUGUUCAUGGCGCCCGGGGUCGGGCACUGCGCAAAUUUUGGCUAUGGGCCUGGUCCUCUGUAUCUUGUCGACGCGCUAGUCCAGUGGGUAGAGCAUGGGAAGGCGCCGGAGACCCUGUUCGCGGCUGGGUUUGGGCAAACUCGGAACCUGUGUCUUCAUCCGCGAAAAUCAAAGUACAAGGGCAGGGGUAAGGUCGAAGACGCCAGUAGCUGGACGUGUGUUUAG